GCAAACGCAUUCGAAGGCUAGGCUAGAACUAAGGUCCACUGGUUUUCUGGUGUUAUUUUGGACUCACAUAAAGGCAAAUCAAACAAUAAGCUAGAGAUGGAAGUUCUGGGUAUCAGUCAUUCGAGACAUGAGAGCAAAUACAUCCUGUUGACUUGUGAUGUGUCAACCUGCAUAACAACGACAAGGUCAACAGCCUUGUUUUUAUUUUACAAAGAAACCAGGAAACUUUACUUUUUCUGACAAACAGUUCCCAAUAAGAUAAAAAUUAAAGAAUGCAUAGACAAAAUUUCAAAAAUAUAGACUCAGGUUGAUAGGGAAAAUAUCUGGACACACAGCAACAGAUAUCCUCUAUGGUUUCCAGAGGAAGACAGCAGCAUUGCUCUGAUAGAUCAGAGGUGAGAAGCACCCAGCCUUCCAUAUCUCCUUGGCUGCAAUAGUAGGUUUGCUGCCCGCCAAUAAAUAGACAGUGGAGCAUGCUUCAACAUACUGUGGCAAACAUUGUGGAAGAAAGGACUGAUUUCUUCUUUUCACAAUUUUCAGAAAAGAGAUGCACUCAUGCAACCCCAGGUUAUUGACAUAUAUGUCACCAACAUGUUUCCUGCAAUUUAGAAAUGAUUAUAACAAUAAUUGGUGGCGUUCAGUUUCACACAUCCAUCUCUUUUUGCCCCAUUACUUUCAUCCACUCUGAAAUAUCCAAUUUUUGAAAUAAUCAGGUGUGAUAUAUGAAAUAAAAACCAAAGAUUCUACUUAAUGCUGGUGAAAACAUGAAGCCAGUGUAGUUACAUGGGUUUAGCUUCACAGAGAAACAUCCUGUAUAUAGGGGUAAUGAAUACCUUUUUGUACAAGUAUGUAAACAGUGCAGUCCAUGGCCUAACCAGGAGUUACACUGGCACAGCACCCUCAAGAAGAUCCCAACCAAAAAGUAUAUCAAGUAAUUUCUCAGGUGUGCCAUUCAAGAUGAAUGUACCUUCCAACGUAUCACAUACCAAAGCCGGAAUACAUGUGGCCAAGCAACUUCAGAUAGUGGUCAAGAUGGUAAACAACAAUAAGGAAAAACAAACAAGUUAGGAAAAGCUGUAGCAGUUUGCUUUUGCCUGAGAUUACAGGGAAGGGCAGGAUCUACCCCCCUGCUCAGUGAAUUGAGUGCAAACUGGUUUUGCACUCUGAAGUCAGUUUGAAGCAACUGAAGUAAACAGAGGACAAAGAGGAAAAUUGGGAAGAGGAGAGAAAAGCUGGGACAUUUUACAAGCAGCUGAAAAAGUGACAUAGGAUUACAUGUGACUGUCCCCUUUAUUUGUCAAGGUACAGAGUUAUGAACAUUUCCUGAUUUGAUCAAGGAGCUGGAACUGCCCAUCUAUUGAAGUUGUGAUCUGUUUAUCACGAAAGAUGUGCAAAGAAAUUCAAUAAGAUUAAACUGUUGAAAUUGGUUGUUUGGCUAAUGUCUUUCUUUUGUCCUUUAUGAGAAAUGUUUGCCCUCCCUCUGUAAAGCUAGGUGUGGGUGAAGGGGGGAGCAUAUAUAUGUACACACACACACACAUCUCCAUUACUUUAUUUGGAAUACACAACAACCAACAGCAAAGGCCUCAUUGGUCUCUUACACAAAUUAGUUCAACUGAAAACAAGCUGGCAGCAUGGAGACCCUCUGGGCCUUCCUCCUUCUGACAGUGGGAUUAGCACUGACUUCUCCUGUUGAGAACUCAAAAGCAUCAUUGAUGUAUCCUUAUGGGAUAGACCAGGGAGACACAAAGAAUUCCAAGUCAGAUGAUGGGACAUCUCCAGAGAUCACCAUUCCAGUGCCCUUUACCUUCUAUGGCAAGAAAUACUACUCUCUUUAUGUAAACAAUAAUGGUGUGGUCUCCUUUGGUGUGAACGUUUCACAGUACACACCGGACCCUUUCCCCUUGGACGGUGGAACUCCCUUUGUUGCCCCAUAUUGGGCGGACGUUAACAAUGUUAUAGGUGGGGAUGUUCUGUGGAGGCAAACCCAAGACCAAGCAAUGCUUAGUCGCUGCACUGCGGACAUCAAUCUGAACUUCCCCGAGAUCCCUUUCACAGCUACCUGGACCCUCAUUGCGACCUGGGACCAUGUGGCCUACUUUGGAUCAGUUUCAAACAAGGUCAACACUUUCCAGGCUGUCUUGAUCACCAAUGGAGAACUAUCCUUCAUCAUGCUGAACUAUGAUGAAAUUCAGUGGACCACAGGGACAGCAAGUGGAGGGAAGUCUAAGACAGGUCUUGGUGGAACCCCAGCUCAGGCUGGAUUUGACAGUGGAGACAAAAUCAAUUAUUAUAACAUCCCUGGUUCCCGCACCCCUGAUAUCCUCAAAAUUGCAGAAACCACCAACGUGAGAAGGCCAGGGCAAUGGAUGUUCCAAGUUGAUGAAUAUGUGGUUGGAGUCACCACAGAGGAAAGUGACUGUUUGGAGUAAGCAUCAGAUCAUCUCUUUUCAUUUUGGACUGCUUUGUGAAAGGUGACACCUCUUCCACCAACUCAAGGACCUCAUGUUCAUCCCCAGCAUGGAGACAGUCUGUAGCAACAUGCUUACAAGAUCUCUCUGCCACCUGAUACAAUCAAGGAGGUUUCUGGAGCUACUGUCCAUUGUAGUGUAGCAAUAAACAAUUGUACUCACAUUGAUUCUCUCCCAGAUCCAUUUCCUGAAUGACAGGAGAUGGUCAGGUUGACUGAUAAAGUGCAUGACUAUUAGAAUGUGUGUGUUUGCAUGUGCAAGCAUGUACACAGGGUUUUGUUGUUGUUUUUUAAAAUAAAGAAAUUUGGCCCACAGCACCAGGUAUCC